CCACCCUCCCCGCAGGACAAGUGGGGGGCAGCGGCGCAGGCAGCGGGGGGCGCGGUGGAGCUGGAGGUGCUGGAGCAGCUCAGCCUCCUCACCCUGGACACCCUGCAGAGAUGCAUCUUCAGCCACCACAGCCACUGCCAGCGGGAGCCCAGCGAGUACAUCAAGGCCAUUUUGGAGCUGAGCACCCUGGUGGUGAGGCGCCAGCAGCGUCCCCUGCACCACCCGACGUGGCUCUACCGCCUGACGGCCGACGGGGGCCGCUUCGCCCACGCCUGCGCCACCGUGCACGGCUUCACCGCCACCGUGGUGCGGCGCCGGCGCAGGGCCAUCGAGCGCCUCGGCCACCAGGAAUGGCUGGAGAGCCACCAGGGGAGGAGGAUGGACUUCAUCGACCUGCUGCUGCUCGCUAAGGAUGAGGACGGCAAUGCCCUUUCGGACGAGGACAUCUCGGCCGAGGCCAACACCUUCAUGUUUGAGGUGCCCCGGCGCUGCACCGAGGACAUCGCCAUGCGGGACGGGCGCGUCGUCCCCAAGGGGGUCAUCUGCUUGAUGAGCAUCUACGGGACCCACCACAACCCCGACCUCUGGCCAGACCCCCAGGUGUACAACCCGCUGAGGUUCAGCCCGGAGAACAGCGACGGACGGGCCCCGUUGGCCUUCAUCCCCUUCUCUGCUGGGCCCAG